GCAGAACAUAAAGCCCUAGUCAUAUAUGUUUUUGUUUUUUCCACAGCCCCACCUGCGACCACUACUAAAUUCUCUAAAAUUAUCCUCAUAUACACACACGCUUUUACAAUACACACACCACUGUAGGCACCACAGCACCAAAAUGGCGGCGGCGGCAGUCCCAGCAGCAGCUCAGGAGGCGCAGAACCGAGAGGCGUUUCGUCAAGCCGUGGUGAACACUCUAGAGCGGCGGCUGUUUUAUAUACCAUCGUUCAAGAUUUACAGAGGUGUUGCUGGGCUUUUUGAUUAUGGGCCUCCGGGUUGCGCCGUUAAGGCCAAUGUUCUUGCCUUUUGGCGUCAGCAUUUUGUUCUCGAAGAGAACAUGUUGGAGGUUGAUUGUCCCUCUGUGACACCAGAGAUUGUGCUUAAGGCUUCAGGUCAUGUCGACAAGUUCACAGACCUGAUGGUGAAGGAUGAAAAGACAGGUACUUGUUACCGUGCCGAUCACUUGCUCAAAGACUUCUGCAAAGAGAAGCUAGAAAAAGAUGCUACCCUCACUGCUGAGAAAGGAGCAGAAUAUAAACAUAUUCUUGCUGUACUGGAUGAUCUUUCACCUGAAGAACUGGGUGCAAAAAUCAAGGAAUACGGGAUUACUGCUCCAGAUACAAAGAAUCCACUCUCUGCUCCCUAUCCAUUUAACUUAAUGUUUCAGACGUCAAUUGGUCCAUCUGGUUUGAGUCCAGGAUACAUGCGCCCUGAAACUGCUCAAGGUAUUUUUGUUAACUUCAAGGACUUGUACUAUUACAAUGGGAGCAAGCUUCCCUUUGCUGCUGCUCAAAUUGGCCAAGCUUUUAGGAAUGAGAUAUCUCCCCGCCAAGGUCUUCUAAGGGUUCGUGAGUUCACACUGGCUGAGAUUGAACAUUUUGUUGACCCUGAAGAUAAGUCUCACCCAAAAUUUGCAGAAGUUGCAAGCUUAGAGUUCCUGAUGUUUCCAAGAGAAGACCAAGUGUCUGGACGAUCUGAAAGGAAACUAGUUAUAGGUGAAGCAGUUGCUCAGGGAAUUGUCAACAAUGAAACGCUAGGCUACUUUAUAGGGAGAGUAUAUUUGUUCCUGACUCACUUGGGAAUUGAUAAAGAGCGAUUACGUUUCCGGCAACAUCUGGCAAAUGAGAUGGCACACUAUGCUGCAGACUGUUGGGAUGCUGAGAUUGAAUCUUCGUAUGGCUGGAUUGAGUGUGUUGGUAUUGCUGAUAGAUCUGCAUACGAUUUGCGUGCCCACAUGGAUAAAAGUGGUGUGGCUCUUGUGGCACAUGAAAAAUUUGCAGAACCUAAAGAAGUGGAGAAACUUGUUAUAACUCCAAUCAAGAAAGAGUUGGGCCUGGCAUUCAAGGGGAAGCAAAAGAUGGUGGUUGAAGCGCUGGAGGCCAUGGGAGAAAAAGAAGCAAUGGAAAUGAAAGCUGCUUUGGAGUCUAAAGGAGAGGUGGAUUUCCGUGUUUGCACUCUUGAAAAGGAUGUCACUAUAAAGAUGAACAUGUUGACAAUCUCCAAGGAAAAGAAAAAAGAACACCAAAGGGUGUUCAUUCCUUCAGUAAUUGAACCAUCCUUUGGUAUUGGAAGGAUCAUCUACUGUUUGUAUGAGCAUUCAUUCUAUACAAGACCAAGUAGAGAUGGGGAUGAACAGUUAAAUGUUUUUCGUUUUCCUCCACUGGUAGCACCUAUAAAGUGCACUGUUUUCCCUUUGGUUCAAAAUCAAGAGUAUGAGGAAAUUGCUAAACGCAUUGCCAAGUCAUUGAUUGCUGCUGGGAUAUCUUAUAAAAUUGAUAUAACAGGUACAUCGAUAGGCAAGCGAUAUGCCAGAACAGAUGAAUUAGGUGUCCCAUUGGCCAUUACAGUAGAUUCAACAACCUCAGUGACAAUUCGGGAGAGGGACAGCAAGAAGCAGAUUCGUGUGAGCAUAGAAGAGGUUUCAUCUGUGGUGAAGGAAGUGACCGAGGGUCUGAGCACAUGGAAUGAUGUAUUGUGGAAAUACCCAACCCAUUCGUCUUGAUUGCGCUGGCCUAUGUUGGAGGGCUAUAGUUUCCUGUCUCUUUAUUGUAACCCUAUAAUGUUCUCUCUUUAUUUUGACCCUGUAAUACUAUCACAAAAUGGAUACAUGUCUAAUAGACAUUACAGUAACUAUGCAACUCUGAGCCCCAUGUUUUUGAGCUUGAAAGGAAAGACUUUAUAAUGGUCGCUUGAAUUCUC